AGAUCAAAUGUUGAAAAGUUUAAACUGGAACCGUUUUCUUAAGUCAUUUUUCUAUAGUAUCAUUCGAGGUCCAAGAAAAAAAAAUUCGAACAUUUUUUGAGACUGGAAGAAAUCUAAGACGCAGUGAGCACACAGAGACAGAAGAGAGCAGAGAGUUUGUAGCCCGCGAAACAUCGGCGAGUGUUGUUCAUUGUUGUGAGAGGUGGUGUGUGUCUUCAGAAAUAUCGUUGUUUCUUUGUUUGUUGCGAGUUUUCUGUCGUUUCGCUUAAGUUAUCUAAACACAUUAAUCACAAUGUUUGAUAGCAAUGAGGGUGGUGGUUUUUUCAAUGCUGACAAUUCCUUCGGAGGAGGAAGUCCUCAAGUAUCAAAAAAGGGUGACCAGAAACGAGCUCAGAACAUCAUGCCUGUGACUGCCAAACAAGUUCUCUCUUGCCCGGAUGAUGGCUUCAAGGUUGGAAGCCUGGAUGUUUAUUUAGUCACACUCGUUGGUAUCGUCAGAGCGGUCGAAACAACUUCAGUAAAGAUUACGUACACUUUAGAGGAUAACACUGGAUGCAUUGAAGGGGUGCAUUGGAUUGAUGGGCAAGAUGAAAAUGGUCAAGCAGCUCAACCACAAGUCGUCGAAAACACUUACUGUAGAUUAUCAGGAACUAUUCGAUCCCAAGGGGAGAAACGCUACAUCAUGGCAUUUAAUAUUCAGCAAAUUGAAGAUUUCAAUGAAGUCACUACACACUUUUUAGAAGUUGCUCUUUUCUUCAAAAAAGCUGAGGCUUUGUCAGGCAUGGGAGGUGGAGGUGUUCAGGACUCAGACAUGAAUGGCACUGUCAAUAAUGGUAAUGGUAUGAGUAAUAAUCUGAGCAAUUCCCUUAUGACAUCUAUUGUUCAGUCAGCACCUAUUCAUGGCCUCACAAGUGUUCAAAGCAAAGCCCUAGAGGCAAUCAAGAGUUGUACUGUCGAGAAUGGACUCUACUCAGAAGAUUUAGUGGAGCAUCUUCGGGGAGUGGCUUCUAAACAUGAAGUGAUGAAUGCAGUUGAAUUUUUAUGUGGGGAAGGCCAUGUUUAUACAACAAUUGAUGAUUAUCAUUUCCGUAGUACUGAUGGUAUGUAAUACCUGUUGGAAGUACAUUCAUUAAGAUUUGGUUUGUACAUAUAUGUAAUCUUGUAUUCAGUAAAAUUUCCUUUUUUUUAAAUUUCAA